AUGGGACAGACAAAGGAUUCAAAGGCAUCCCACCACGAGCAAAAUCUUAAUGGUUACUCCAGCCACCCAUGUAAAAGUAAAUUCAACGCUGGUGGAAAUCAAUCACCGUACUACCCGUUUUCUGUGUUUUUUGAUAACUUGAGUGGAAAAAAGGUGCCAUCCCACAGCCUAACCAUCCAUCCAUCCAGCAAUAAUUACUCAAAAACUUCUAAAAGCAAGAAGCAGAAAGCCACUUUCCUGUUUCCACUUUCCACUUUCGAGCAAGUUGGAAUGAGAAAAGAAAAGAACUCAAAUAUGAAAGGCGUGACGGGACGAUUCCUAAGGAAACUAAAAUCCAUUUCCUCAAUCACUUCUCUCAGACAAGGAGUAGUUUUCCAUGCUGAAAAAGGGUCAGCAGAGGAGAAUUGCUACAACCCGAAAGAGCCUUUUCCCGGAAGAAUCAGCCUAUCCGAACGGUUGAAGAAUGAAGGCCAAGAUGAGGAAACUGAUGCUCCUUUCUAUGACUGUUGGAAAGAGAUUAUUUCCAAGGAGAAUGCAGAGAUUCCAAUUCUAAUUCCAUCGCCUGCAGAUGAUUGUGAAGCGGAUCGUCUACAGGUAGGAAGCGAACGAGUCAUUCAGAAGGCUGAGGAGAGCGAAGAGUUUCCGACAUUGUCGGAUUGGAAAGAGAAUUUUCCACCAGGAGGAAAUGAACGAGUCACUCAAAAAGCCGACGAGGAGGGUGAAGAAUUUCCGACACUGUUGGAUUUCGAGGAGAAUUGUCCACCAGAGGGAAAUGAACGAGUCAUUUUGUACACGACAAGCCUGAAGGGGAUUAGAAAAACGUUCGAGGAUUGCAAUAGCGUCAAGUUCUUAUUGGAAAGCUUUAAAGUUGUCUACUUCGAAAGAGAUAUUUCGAUGCACUCGGAGUUUAGGGAGGAACUGUGGCGGGUCAUGGGCAGCAGGGUGCUCCCACCGCGGCUUUUCAUCAAGGGAAGACACAUUGGAGGGGCGGAGGAGGUGGUGCGAUUGCACGAACAAGGGCGGCUGAGGAGACUCUUCCGAGGGAUUCCGGUGAACUUAUCCGGCUGCCCUUGUGGUGGGUGCGGUGGGGUGAGAUUUGUGGUGUGUUCCAGAUGCAACGGUAGUCGGAAAGUGAUUCCGAACGAGCCGACCGGUGAAUGGACAUGGAUUAGGUGUCUAGAGUGCAAUGACAAUGGAUUGAUUAAGUGCCCAAUUUGCUGCUGA